AUGAUUCGAGCUGCUGCAAAGAAUCACAAAGAUGUUUUGAUAGUUGUUGAUACGGAAGACUACCCUGCGCUUCUGGAAUUUCUUAAAGGAAACCAAGACGAUCAUUUCAGGCUAAAGCUUGCAUGGAAAGCUUUUCAGCACGUUGCUUCGUAUGAUUCUGCAGUAUCAGAGUGGCUAUGGAAGCAAAGUGUGGGAGAUAAAUUUCCUCCUAGUUUGACAGUGCCACUUUCACUCAAAAGCUGCAUCAAAAAGUUGCAUUCUAUGUUGACAAAAGACUCAUCAAAAAGCUGCAUUCUAUGUUGA